GUGAAAAGGUCAAGCCAACGUCUGUCCUUUUAGGGAAAAUGGAAGAUUUGUGGGACAAAAUGGGCCGGUACCGGCAAAAGCUGAUGGAUAUGUGUGAAGAAGUAGAGAGCUGGAGAGCUGGUAUCCCUAAAGUCUUCCUGUAUGACUCAGGUCCUGAAUCCAUGCCAGGAAGGCAACGAUACCCUGGAGUUACCACGGUAAGUUCAGGGCCCAGGUCUGGAAUGACCCACAGGCCCCCUACUACAUUGGCACAAGCCGCGUUCGCCGCACGGACUAGGGGACAGGCAAAGGUGGGGGCAGGUCAGGACCCACCUAAGAGAGAGUCAGAGCUAGAACGCAGAAAGGAGCCUGUGGAGGUGCAGGAUUAUGAUGAUGAAGAUGAAGAAGAUGAAAAACUCCAGCAAGAGGAAGACCGGAGGGCCGAACAGAGGGCAAGGAAGAGAGGUUCCCAAGAAGAAGUCGAGCCAGUCCUACGCGACGUAACGCCAAACAAGAAGAAAUACGUCGUCGGGCUUGAGGAAGGUUUUGAUGUGGAAAGAUUGAUUGACAGGUUGCUUGAGGGCCAUAAUGAUCUUAUGACCCUAAAGGAGAUUCUGGCGUCCGCCCCAAGGCUCCGCAAUGAGCCAAAGGGUAGGCUUUCGAGGCGGCUGGUGCCGAGCGUCCGUCUUAGUGUGAUUCUGUCUAAGGAAGUGGAGUGGGCGGACUCGAGGACGAAGAUGGACUGGAAAUGUGUGGCCUGCGGCAUGGUGGACUUAGUAGUAAAAGGCUCCAAGUGCGUAGCAAUGGUGGGUACGAGGGCAGAGAUGAAUAUCAUCCGCGAAGCUGACGCAAUCAAGUAUGGGUUGGACAUAGACCAUGUCAGAAACUUCCUCGGCACGUGUGGAUUUUGGAGGACUUUCGUCAAAAACUUUGCUGCCAAGACAGAGCAAUUAAGGAAGUUGGUUCGUCAGGACCAGGAAUGGGUUUGGGGUGAGGAGCAGGAGAAGGUAGUGUCAGGGAUGAAGGAAGAAUUUCGAAAAGGAGGAUUGGUGUUGGGAGCGUCAGACUAUGACGCCACGGAGGUGAGGUCGUUCAUUGUUGAGACGGACGCUGGACCGACUGCUUUAGGUGGGGUUCUAAUCCAGGCGGAUAUCGAAGGAAAGGAGAGGCCGUUGCAUUUUGAGAGUCGAACUUUGUGUACAUCAGAGAGAAAUUACUCUCAAUUCAAAAGGGAGACUCUCGUUGUCCUUCACUGCCUACGGAUCUUUCGGAACUACAUCUUUGGCAGGAGGUUCAUAUUGAGGGUGGAUCCAACAACUCUAGCUUUCUCCCUAAGGAACUAUGUUCCGUCCGAUCCAACGGUUGCUAGGUGGUUAACAUACAUUUGGAUGUUCAACUUUGAGUUGGAGCGAAUUCCAGGGAGUAAGAAUAGAGCAGAUGGACUAAGCCGCAUCAACUGGGAUAAGGAGGAAGGAGAGGCAAUAGAGAAUACGCCCCCUGUUGAUGGCUUUUUGGACCAGGAGGAAGACAUCCUCCGUCACAUUAAUGAGUGGUCUCCGCGAGUGCCUAGCUGCGUUGGUCAUCUCAUUUGGCAUGCGCCAAAGGGAUAUGAACGGAAGGUUGAGUUAGUACUCAAGCCUUUUGAAGAGGAGGACCCUUGGGGCGGCAAGGACGUCCAAUGGAUGAUGAAGUUUGCACUCGCAAGCAAUCACAGCUUGGUGGAGGAGGUAAGGACAAUAGAGGAAGACCCAGACCGCGUAAGGAUGCAUGAGGAGUUGAUGGGAGACAUAUACCUCCUCGUCAAUACACUUCUGCAGGAACCCUCUGAUCUGAUAGGCUCGUUAAACCCGGCUGAAGGAGAAGAUGUUGUGCUAGAAAGCCAGGAUGAUGGGUUUGAAGAAGGAGAAAUCAAAGAGGCUUUCCGUGCAGAGGAGUAUGAUGGAAUCUACCGGGAACUGGGACUCCUCUUAUCGUCUGACUUUGCGAAGACAGCCAUGCCAAGAGGAGGGAGGGAGGUGCGGCCAUCGAGGAGACCAUCGGGGGCAUCAGGGGGACACGAGCGGCGUGGAUCUUACCAGAGGGAGUAUACGCCAGAGUAUGACAAUGGGGACAUAGAGCUUUUCUUGGACGAUUAUUGGAGUUAUGCGAGGCCCAUUGCGCGGAUCUGUGAGGAGGCGAGGACUUGGCAGGAGGUGGAACAGGCGAUGCAGAGGCUGAGACCUUCGCCGGUAGGAACAGACGGGGAGUCGAUCCGCCUCCAGAUUGGGAAUGCGGAGGAGUUCAUCCCAACUUUUGAGCGGUUUAUGCACGAGCAGGGUAUCUUGAGGGACCAAUGGAUGCAAACACUGCCACUAUGGACAAGAAGAGCCGAGAGACCGUUGGCCCGAGAGAUUCGAGACAGGGCUCGUGACUGGGAAGGCUGCAGGGCGCACGUGAGGGAGGCCUUUCGGAGGCCAGAGCCAGCACAACCCCAGCCCAGGGUUGAGAGGCGGCUAAGAAGUAAGAGACAGAGGGAGCCAGAGCCUAGGGAAACCACCCCUAGUCGAGGGGGACGGAAGGCAUUGGCACGGCGAGACGAGGAGCCCGACCAACCUGAGCAGGAGUCGGGCAUGUAUCCGGAGUGUGGAAUGCGCCCAGUAGCAGUUCAGCCUUUCACUGAGGGGAGGCUACAGGGGUCUCUGCAACAGGUGUCGGAGGAGGCCGCACCGGCAGGGGGUUCCCUACAGAGCCUGGAAGCACACUUGGACGCCUUACAGUGGGAGGUGCCUCAGUCCAGUGGAGGUCAGGAAGCCGAGCCCCGCGCCCAGAGAGAGCAGCAAAAAGAAGUGGUGAUUGAGAUAGGAGAGGAUACCCUCCCGCAACAGUCAGCCCCGACUCCGGAAGUGGAGGCCGAGCCAAUGGAUGUUCAAGAAGAGGGCAGGGAGCCUCAGCGAGGAGAGACGCCACCACCACCUCCAAAUCUGAUCCAGUCACCUAAGGUGAGGGUAGAGACGGAGCCGGGAGAAACCGAUUGGAGGAAGGAGGUCAUCUCUACAGUGGACAGCUUCGACAGGUACCUGAUGUUGGAGGGUGACCUGGCAGGAAAGAAGGCAAAGGAAGAAGGUCAUGGGGUACGCAUAGAAGCGUUGGAGGCAGAGAUCCAGGACCUCAAGGCAUUAGCAGCCAGCCAGGCCACCAUCAUUCAGAGGCUGCUGGAAGAAAGGAAGAAGGAAGGGACACCCACGAAGGUAGUGGAUCAAACGGAAGGAGCGCGGUACGACGUUCAAGGACAGGCGGCUCAAGGAUCUGGGCAGCCGUCUGAGGCGGGACCUUCACAAGGGCCACCCCUUGGAAGGGUCAUCCUGGGGCCAGAAGAGGCUAAGGCAAAAAGGGAGGCUGAAAAGGAAGCCUUCGUGUUCAGGGCACCGACAGCGUUUGCGACCCUACCAGUGGAGCCUUUGGGAGCCCCACCGACAUCCUCGCCACUACCAGGCGAAGAGGGACCACAGGGGGCCACAAGUGAGCCAACACAAGGAUCCAUGGAGGGGCCCAUGAGUGUGCUCCUUGAGGCGCUUGACACUAUGCAAGAAGGAGCAAGCACGCCUAUGCCAGAGUUGGGUACAAAGACUGUAAGCGAGGAACUGCCUAUGGUGGUACCAGAAGAAAGACGGAAGAGCAGGCCCCAGAGAUUGGAUACGCCUGAGUAUGUGCCGGAGCAGCCGGCUUUCUCAGCUAUGGAGCAAGCUACGAUGCGGAUCAGCAAAGGGUGAGACGGGUUGGUUCAGGACGCCAUCCAUUGCAUAUGGGCAACAAACGGGUUAGAGCAUA